AUGAAUGGUGCAUUAUACUAUAACAAUGCUCCUUCAUCUCCAAAACAAUUGCCCUUAGAAUCAAGAGUCAAUGCAAAUUUUGAUACAAUUAACGAACUUAUUCCAUUGCCAUUUAAUAGAAUGACGAUUUACCAACUUUCUGGCAAUAAUAUGCGAUUAUCAAUGCAAACUUCUGUUUUAGAAGGGUCACAAGACAUAUCUUCUAUUCCUUCUGCUGCUCCACAUG